GUGAGAAUGUGACCGUGACCCACCGACGAAAGAGCCAGCCUGCACUGCACAGUGACACCUCAUUCACUAUAAACACCAUAACCCAUCGCUACUUCAAACCCUUCCGAUUCCAUUCUCUUUUGAAUCUCUUCAGUUUCAUCAUAACCCAAAGAGGCAAACCCUAUUCCCCAACUUCUAAAUCUCAUCUCACACACAGUUACCGACAUUCAGGAGAUAGCCAUGGCUAGAAUGUUGAUGUUGUUCGCUCUUUGUGUCAUUCCGUCUCUCGUGAGCGCGUCCCGCCCCGUCAGGAACCCCUUCGUCGUUGUGGGCAAGGUCUACUGUGAUACCUGCCGUUGCGGCUUCGAAACCUCUGCCACCACUUACUUGCCUGGUGCAAAGGUUAGGGUUCAAUGCAAGGACAGGGAUUCACUUCAGGUGGUGUACAACGUCGAUGGUGUGACAGAUGCUACUGGGGCAUACAAGAUCACUGUACCAGAUGACCAUGAAGAUGAGCUCUGUGAGACGGUGCUCAUCAGUAGCCCACAGAACGACUGCAAGGUCAAGAGCCCAGGGCGUGAUGGGUCUCAUGUCAUCCUCACCAACAACAAUGGCAUCAUCUCCAACAUUCGUCAUGCCAAUGCUAUGGGAUUCAUGAAGGAUACCGCCCUAUCUGGUUGUACCCAAGUCCUUCAGAAAUACCAGGAUUUCGAGUAGAUGACUUUAGCUUCAAAAUACCUUUUACUUCUUUUCAGGGUUUUAUUAUUUUCCUUUCAAAUUAAUGAUCUUCUGCGUCUGUUCUUCUUCUAUGUUCUCUCUGUUACUGUUGCCCCAAAACUCUGUUCGUCUUGUAGAUGGCAUCAUGUGGUGUUGAAUGGUUUGAAAUUUGGGAAAAAACCACCUUUCAGUUUGUUUC